AUUCCAUUUCCGUUGACAUCAAUCAAAACCCCCACCAAAACCCAAACCCUGCUCUGCUUGCACACUCUCAUUCUCUCUCUCUCCUCUUUGGGCAAGUAAAGUUGUUCAGAGCAAAAUGCCGCUUGGUGAAAGAGCAGGAGAUAAGAGCGAAUCUCGCUAUUGUGGCGUGGAGACCCAGUUCAACGAUGACAUGCCUCAUGUCCUCGCUUUCAAUCUCUCCCAUGGCUCCUUCGAUUUCGUCGUGGCUCCUCUGAUGGAUCCUGCUUAUCAACCAAGCUUAAUGCAAAAAGAAAGUGGAGUAUCUGGUGUUCUGCCAUUUGCUGGGUCAGAUUUGGUUUUGAGUCCUUCACAAUGGAGCAGUCAUGUUGUGGGAAAAAUUAGCUCAUGGAUUGACUUAGAUUCAGAAGAUGAGAUCCUCCGGGUCGAUUCUGAAAUUACCUUGAAGCAAGAGAUAGCAUGGGCUUCUCAUUUGUCCCUGCAGGCAUGCCUUCUUCCGGCUCCAAAGGGGAAUUCCUGUGCUAAUUAUGCUAGGUGUGUCAAUCAGAUUUUACAAGGACUAAACAGUAUGCAGUUGUGGCUGCGGAUUCCAUUGGUCAAGACAGACAACGAUACGAUGGAUGUGGUGAACUCUAGUAAUUUGGAUGAUUCCUGGGAGAUUUGGAAUUCAUUUCGUCUGCUAUGUGAACAUCACAGUCAAUUGUCUGUUGCCCUUGAUGUUUUGAAUUCACUACCUUCUGCAAACUCACUUGGACGUUGGUUUGGGGAGUCUGUUAGAGCAGCCAUAAUCAGUACUGAUUGCUUUUUAACAAAUGCACGGGGUUAUCCAUGUCUGUCAAAGCGCCACCAAAAGCUAGUCAGUGGGUUUUUCAAUCAUUCUAUACAGAUAGUUCUAUCUGGAGAACCAGUACACAGUCUCCCCAGGAUAAAUUCAGAUUUAGCUGCCAAUAAUAAUGAUAAUAAUGUUGACGGUGUCCAGAAACAUCCCCUGAGGCCGUAUUUGGAUUAUGUUGGUUAUCUCUACCAAAGGAUGGAUCCCCUUCCUGAGCAAGAACGGUUUGAGCUUGGUUACAGGGAUUUCCUGCAGUCACCCUUACAGCCUCUCAUGGAUAAUCUAGAGGCUCAAACCUAUGAGACAUUUGAAAAGGACACGAUGAAAUACAUUCAGUACCAAAGGGCAAUUUGUAAAGCUUUACAGGACAGGGUUCCAGAUGACAAGGCAUCUUCAGUGACCACUGUAUUGAUGGUUGUAGGAGCAGGACGUGGACCUCUUGUAAGGGCUUCAUUGCAGGCAGCUGAAGAAACUGGGCGCAAGCUUAAAGUCUACGCUGUGGAAAAAAAUCCAAAUGCAGUCGUUACACUGCAUAGCUUGGUUAAACUAGAGGGGUGGGAAAACAUUGUUUCCAUAAUUUCAAGUGAUAUGCGUUACUGGGAUGCUCCUGAGAAAGCUGACAUUUUGGUGAGUGAAUUAUUGGGUUCAUUUGGUGAUAAUGAGCUAUCUCCUGAGUGCCUUGAUGGAGCUCAGAGACUUUUGAAGGACGAUGGAAUCUCAAUACCUUCAUCGUACACGAGUUUCAUCCAACCGGUGACUGCUUCAAAGCUUUACAAUGAUGUUAAGUCGCAUAAAGAUGUUGCACACUUUGAAACUGCUUAUGUUGUUAAAUUGCACAACAUUGCAAGACUUGCUCCUCCUCAACCUGUGUUCACGUUUAUUCAUCCAAAUCGCUCAAUUGACAAAAGCAAUAACCGGUACACGAAGUUGCAGUUUGGAGUAUCCAGUGAUACUGGCUCGGCCAUGAUUCACGGAUUUGCUGGCUAUUUUGAUGCUGUUCUAUACAAAGAAGUUCAUCUUGGCAUUGAACCGUCAACGUCAACACCGAACAUGUUUAGCUGGUUUCCAAUAUUUUUCCCACUGAGGACACCCAUUUCUCUACAUCCUGGUUCUUCUCUUGAAGUACAUUUUUGGCGUUGUUGCCGUCCUAGCAAGGUUUGGUAUGAAUGGACUGUGACAUCGCCCUCCAGUUCACCCAUUCACAACACCAAUGGACGUUCAUAUUGGGUCGGGCUGUAGCGUCGCUUGGUUUUAUGUCUUGUUCGAUACACAUGAGGAUUGAAAGUCUGGUAUUCCGAUGCGUAAAACGCAAGCAGAGUUGAUUGUUUGAUCCAUCUUAGAGGCGACUAAGUUGAGUGUCUAAUAUGCCUAUGCCCCACCUAAAAUUCAUGGUGGUGAAUUAGUUUGGGUGCCCCAUAGAUUUGGGAAGAAUUACACCCGGAUACAUGCAGUGCUUGUCCCUGAUGUUUGUAUUGAAUAUAUAAGGCAAUAGAAAUGUAUCUGUUGUUAGGAUUUGAAAUUUUGUUGUUCGACUCUAUACAAUAGUUGACGAUAUGAGUUAUUGAAAUCACUUGAUUAGAGAUAAAA